AUGGCUUUCUUUGUAAAAAAUAUGAUAAGCAACCAGGUAAAGAAUUUAGGAUUUGGAGGUGGGGCAGAAGAAAAGAAAGAAGAAGGAGGCACAUCCGACCCAGCAGCAGCUCAAGGGAUGACUAGAGAGGAGUAUGAGGAAUACCAAAAGCAAAUGAUUGAGGAGAAGAUGGAAAGAGAUGCUGCAUUCACACAAAAAAAGGCAGAGAGGGCAUGCCUCAGAGUCCACCUCAGGGAAAAGUACAGGCUCCCCAAGAGUGAAAUGGAUGAGACUCAAAUCCAGAUGGCUGGAGAUGAUGUGGAUUUACCUGAAGAUCUUCGGAAAAUGGUAGAUGAAGAUCAAGAAGAGGAAGAAGAUAAGGAUUCUAUUCUUGGGCAGUUACAGAAUCUCCAAAACAUGGACUUGGAUACCAUAAAAGAAAAGGCCCAGGCCACCUUCACAGAAAUCAAGCAGUCAGCGGAGCAGAAGUGUUCUGUGAUGUGAGGGGUGGGUGGGUUGGAAGAAGGAACCAGCCACAGGAGGAAGACAUGGCUCCGCUGGGGCAU